AACAAAACAAAACAAAAGAAGAAGAAGAAGAAGAAGAAGGCGGAACAAGGAAUCAGCUGUCAAAAAAAAAAAAAAGUGCAAAGUGAAAGCUACCGAUCAGAUUGAGAGAUGUCCAGACACCACUGACUGAACAAGAUGCCUGCUGUGUCCACCGGGGUCAAGGACCUGUACCUGUCCUCGUCUCUGGGAGAACUCAAUAAAAAGGCUGAAAUUAAGGCAGACAAGACCAGCACCAGAAACUAUGUUCAGAGUGCCUGCAAAAUCUUUAAGGCGGCAGAGGAGUUUCGCCUCGAACGGGACGAGGAGAGAUCGUAUGUGCUCUACAUGAAGUAUUUAACAGUAUAUGACAUCAUCAAGAAAAGGCCAGACUUCAAGCAGCAACCGGAGUAUUACAUUACCAUGCUGGGGCCGAACAGUUUUAAGAAAGCCAUUGAAGAAGCAGAGAAGCUCUCUGAAAGCCUUAAACUCAGGUAUGAGGAAGUCGAGGUUCGUAAAAAGCUUGAGGAGAAGGAGAAACAAGAGGAGAAGAAAAGGAGGGAGGAAAUGACAGAGAAAGACGGGGGUCAAGGCUCUCCAAAAUCAUCAGCUGCCAUAAAGAAAGACAUUAAAAAGGUGAAAGGAGAACAGAAUGAACAGAAAAAUUCCAAGUCCAAAGCUGCAGGGCUACCUGGUGGGAUCACAGCUGAGAAACUUUUCCACAUGAUGAAGGACCAGACGAUUACAACAAUUGUCAUGGAUGCCCGCAGCCACAAGGACUUUGAGGAUUCUCACAUUCAGGUCCCAGCUCAGACCUGCAUCUCUGUGCCUGAGGAGGCUAUUAGCCCAGGAAUCACUGUGAAUCAGAUUGAGGCAAAGCUGCCAGAGGUGUCCAAAGAGCAUUGGAGACGGCGGGGAUUAGUGGAUUAUAUAGUCCUGUUGGAUUGGUUCAGCUCUGUGACAGACCUUAAACUUGGCACCACCUUACAGAGCCUCAAAGAUGCCCUCUUCAAGUGGGACAGCAUCACUAUCCUGCGUAGUGAGCCGCUGGUGCUGGAGGGAGGCUACGAGAACUGGCUGUUGUUUUACCCCAUGUACACAACCAAUGCCAAAGUACAACCCCCUAGACAGAACAUCAUCAACACACUCCCUCAGUUAAACUUUAGCUACCCAUCCUUGGAGGAACCAAAGCCUCCGACUCCACCUCCACCAGACCCUGAGCCUCAACCGGAGCCUCAGGAACCCUCUGCUCCUGUGCUGGUGAAUGGGAUUGCCCCAGCAGAACCCCCCACAUCUAAAACUUCCAUGGUUGCUGACAGGUUGCCCGACACUGUUGAUUCCCAGGUAACAGGCCAAACAAACUCUGGGUUAGACCUCAGUAAGGGUCCUGUGACAGGCACAUCCAGCCAAUCACCUGCAACAACCAAGGCCUUCCCACAGUUCGACCGAACCAAGAAACCCUCUGUCAGAGUGUCUGACGAGCCAAAACCCAGCCAGAAUGGGUCUGCGAAGGAUCUCACCCAGAACGGCCCAGUCAUCCCUGACCGCUCUGUCAAACCCCCCUUCAGCUCCAGCUCUUCUCUGUCCAAAGAAGAACAAAGCCAGAUUCACUUUGAGGCAGUGGCAGGAAUAGAGAAAGCGAAACUAGAGCAGGAGAAACGCAACCAGGAGCGCCGAUCAGAGGAAGAGAGGCGGGAGAAGGAGGUGAAAGAAAGGAUAGAAAAGGAGGAACGUGAGAAGAGGAAGAAAGAAGAGGAGGAGAAGGGACCUCAGGACAAAAAGAGACUGGAAAGACAGAAGGCAGAAGAAGAGGAGGACAAACAGAGCAGAGUGUGGGAUGAGAAAGAGAGGAAAGGGAAGGAGCAGAACUCUGAAACACCCUCAAAGAGCAUGUCUCUGGACUCUCCUGCUCCCAACCAUAUUGUUAGUGAAAUCAAGAGGGAACCUCUGACCCGAGCACGGAGCGAGGAGAUGGGUAGGAGUGUACCAGGCCUUCCAGAUGGUUGGAUGAAGUUCCUUGACAUAGUGACAGGGACGUACCGGUACUACCAUUCUCCAACCAACAGAGUCCAUCUGUACCCCCCUGAGGUUACUGUUCCCCAGACCCCACCCUCCACACCACCGACAGUCAAACAAAAACCACCGCAACCAGCUGAGCCUGACUCCAACCAUGAACAAGAGCGGGAGCAGUCUAAACUGAAACGCUCUUACUCCUCUCCUGACAUCAGCCAGGACCUGAGAGAGGAGGUCCAGAAGAAGGCAGCCGCCCAGACGGCUGCUCCUGUCAUACCCACCAUCAACAGAGAGACCAAACCUGCUCCUGCUAAAGUCUACUCUAAAGUGGAGAUCGCGAGGCCUUCUGCUGCCAAAAUUCGGAACCUGAAUCCUACUUUCGGAGGUAUGGGUCAGUCACUGACUGGCCUCCGUAACAUGGGAAACACCUGCUACAUGAACUCCAUCUUGCAGUGUCUGUGCAACUCGCCUGCCAUGUCUGAGUACUUCAACAACAAUCUCUACAUGGAUGACAUCAACAGGUACAACAUACUCGGCCAUAAAGGGGAGGUGGCAGAGGAGUUUGGUGUGAUCAUGAAGGCUCUGUGGGCUGGUUUGUACAAGUGCAUCAGCCCGCGGGACUUCAAGAUCACUAUAGGAAAGAUCAAUGAGCAGUUUGCUGGCUAUGACCAGCAGGACUCCCAGGAGCUGCUGCUGUUCCUCAUGGAUGGACUUCAUGAAGACCUGAACAAGGCCGACAACAGGAAACGAUACAAGGAGGAGGAAAACGACCAUCUGGACGAUCAGUCAGCAGCAGACGUGGCCUGGAACAAACACAAGCUGCUGAACGAGUCCAUCAUUGUAGCACUGUUCCAGGGUCAGUUCAAGUCGACCGUGCAGUGUCUGACCUGCCAUCGCAAGUCACGGACGUUUGAGACCUUUAUGUACCUGUCGCUGCCGCUGGCUUCCACCAGCAAGUGCUCCCUGCAGGAUUGUCUGAGACUGUUUUCUAAGGAGGAGAAACUGACCGACAACAACAAGGUGUUCUGCAGACAUUGCAAAACCCACAGAGAUUCCACCAAGAAACUGGAGAUCUGGAAAGUCCCACCUAUUCUCCUGGUGCACUUAAAACGAUUCUCAUACGAGGGUAGAUGGAAGCAGAAACUGCAGACGACUGUAGAUUUCCCUCUCGACUGUCUGGACCUGACCCAGUACGUCAUUGGACCCAAACAGACCCUGAAGAGAUAUGGCCUUUAUGGAGUUUCUAACCACUAUGGCGGUUUAGACGGCGGCCAUUACACAGCCUACUGUAAGAACACCCCCAAACAGCGCUGGUACAAGUUUGAUGACCACGAAGUGUCUGAGAUCUCCACCUCCUCCGUCAAGUCCUCCGCUGCCUACAUCCUGUUCUACUCGAGCCUGUGAUGAAGCUGUCGAACACUAAGAGACAACACGACGCCAGGAGCAGCGAGGUUUCGCGCCUACAGGUUGUUUUUUCCUUUAAAACCACAGCUCUGAGGACCUGGGCCAUGUAGAUGCGGUUUAACCAGUGGUGAACGUGCACGCGUGGAUAGAGUCGAGCGAGUGGCCGUGAGAUCCCGUGUGUCGCAGACAGGAGACAGUUGCAAUGCUUCAGCUACUAGAGGACUCUUUACCUGUUAAGACAUGCUGUCUGUUCAUAUUACUGAUAAUCUAGGGACUAAUCAGAUGCUCCUUUUACUUCUUUACCGUGAUUGUUGUGUGGGAGGGCAGACAGCCAGUUGAAAGGCUCUUAGCUGUCAUUUCUGUUGCACUCCGCGGUCGCAGAACUGAUUUUCAGCUUCCUUGUACUGUGAGGUUAAGACGGCAUGUACAUACUUACUAAUGCUGAUGUUGCACAUUUAGACAUGUAAAUACUCGAGGGCAAGGUGUUUUAUCGAUUAUGUGACCAAAAACGAUUUUUGCUUUUCUUAAAAGUAGCAGCCACCAUAGCAUUCUCAUACUCCAAAAGACUGCACAUGAUUUCUGGGUUUAACCCUUUAACCUUCUGAUGUUUAACAUGAUGUUUAACAUGAUCUUAACAAUGGUAGAGACUGUGAUUGUUGAUUCUGUGCGUUCUUUCUCAAGAGAAGAGGGAUUGAGAUUGUUUCUUGUUCAUAUUAGCCACAUUUGUUCACUCAUACAUUAUGCAAUUAAGUGAUGUUGUUAUGUAGACCACCAGGCAUUUAAUAUCAUGAGACAUUCAUCCUCGACUCUCAAUGCUUUAAAAUGAUACCGAUGCUGUGAUCCUGUCUGUCUCACUUGACAAGACGGAAAAACCUGCUUCUAAAAACUCUGCCAUCGAAUUUGUUCUCUGUUUAAUAUACUUAACUCUUUACAUAAUUAUACUCAAACAACAAAGUAUUUAGAGGAAACAUUACUGGGAAAACUUGGCAUCCUUCAUGGCUUGUACCACUGAGGCUGGUUUUGAAGGUAUGGGUGUCUAGGAGGCUGAACUUCAGAUUUACAUGACUAAUUACAUCUGUGUAGAAUUUGAAUACAAGAUGAAUAGAUCUUAUUCACUCACACAAGUGUGUCAGCAUUUACUGCCUGACCGACUGACCGGCUGACUGACUGACCAGAGCAAGCACAACAUAUACUGAUAUUUUCCCUGUAUGGACCAGAAAUGUGAGCUUGAAGGAUUUGAUGCUCUUCUUCCGGUUACAGUUUGAUUGCCUAGCAUGAGAUCAUAAUCCAUUUCUUUCUACUUGUACAUGUCGAUUUUCUUUCUCAAUGCUCUAAAAAUAAUUUGUUUCAGAUAUAACGAUUAUAUUAACCUCAAACAGCUCAUAUGACUAUUUAUUAAAACUGCUUCAAAUUAG